AUGAUAGAUAAAAAAGAAGAGAAAACAUAUCAGCCAUUCCAAAUCCUAGUGAGCAUACAAAGAUCCAUUUCAGACCUGGUAUCUACACUUGAUGAACUAGAAGCUAAAUACUUUGAUACAUAUCUUGAAGAAUGGAAUAAA